AUGAGCAUCAAUAUCCUGUCCAUGAGCGUCAAUAUCCUGUCCACGAGCAUCAAUAUCCUGUCCAUAAGCGUCAAUAUCCUGUCCACGAGCAUCAAUAUCCUGUCCAUGAGCGUCAAUAUCCUGUCCACGAGCAUCAAUAUCCUGUCCAUGAGCGUCAAUAUCCUGUCCACGAGCAUCAAUAUCCUGUCCACGAGCAUCAAUAUCCUGUCCAUGAGCAUAAAUAUCCUGUCCACGAGCAUCAAUAUCCUGUCCAUGAGCGUCAAUAUCCUGUCCACGAGCAUCAAUAUCCUGUCCAUGAGCAUCAAUAUCCUCAUCAAUAUCCUGUCCGCGAACAUCAAUAUCCUGUCCAUGAGCAUCAAUAUCCUGUCCACGAGCAUCAAUAUCCUGUCCAUGAGCGUCAAUAUCCUGUCCACGAGCAUCAAUAUCCUGUACACGAGCAUCAAUAUCCUGUCCACGAGCAUCAAUAUCAUGUCCACGAGCAUCAAUAUCCUGUCCAUGAGCGUCAAUAUCCUGUCCACGAGCAUCAAUAUCCUGUACACGAGCAUCAAUAUCCUGUCCACGAGCAUCAAUAUCCUGUCCUACUGGAUCAAUGAGUACACUUCCACUCUGGGUGUUGGAGUCUACCACUCAGGCAUUGAGAUCUAUGGCCGAGAGUUUGCAUAUGGCGGUCACCCGUAUCCCUUCAGUGGCAUAUUUGAAAUCAAUCCUGGAAACGCCACUGAAUUAGGAGAGACCUUCAAGUUCAAGGAGGCUAUUGCUUUGGGCACAACAGACUUUGCAGUGGAGGAUAUGGAUAAAAUCAUGGAGGAGCUGGGGAGGGAUUUCAAGGGCAACUCCUACCAUCUAAUGCACAAGAACUGCAACCACUUCUCCUCCUCGCUGUCUGAGCUGUUGUGUGGGCGUGAGAUCCCUCGCUGGGUGAACCGCCUGGCCUAUUUCAGCUCCUGCGUGCCCUUUCUCCAGACCUGCCUCCCUAAGGAGUGGCUGACCCCCGCUGCCCUCCAGAGCCACAUCAGCAUGGGUCUCCGCAAGGAGGAGCGGGAGGCCGGGGAGUCCAGCGACGAGGACCCCAACUCAGCCUCCGGGACUGCCGGGGCGGGCGCCGGAUCCUCACACAGCUGUCGCCAUACACGGGUCUGAGCCAAUGACUGUAGGGUCUGAAGAGAACAGCCAAUAGGACUCUCUCAAUUACCUUUGACCUUCGAACCCUGGACCAGAAGGUCACCAGGUCACCUGUGCUGGGGAUGUAGUGAUGUAAUAUCUGUGGGCCUGACUGAAUAACCACCUGACCUCAUAGUACCACCCCUGAGAACAGAGACGGGGACAGAUGAUUAGUUAGCCUGGUAGUACUAGCUCGCGGAGCCCGCCGGGGCCAGGGGACCUGCAAAAACCUACAGAUCCCCUGGUUUUCUUCCUUUUUAGAUAUGGUAGAUAUAUUCUGAAGGGGGAUUUGUUAUAGGUUUGUUGACCAACUAACUCAGAGCAUGGCAUGGCUCUUUUAGAUUGACCACAGCUACAUGAUGUACUGUAGGUCUGGGCUACUUUGUAGUAUUUCUCUUUUUCCAUGAACUUUUAAACCUUUGUCAGCCUUCAUCCCUGAUCCACCCUGAUUCCCUUCUGGCGGAACUCCUUCUAUUGUAGAGUAGACGGAUAUCAGACACCACAAAGAUACAUCUAAAGUGAUGUCCCAAAUGGAAGCCUAUUCCCUAUAUAGUGCACUAUUUUAGACCAGAGCCCUAUGGAACCCUAUUCCCUAUAUAUAGUGCACUAUUUUAGACCAGAGCCCUAUGAAACCCUAUUCCCUAUAUAGUGCACUAUUUUUUGUUGUUGAUAAGGGCCAAUAUGGCUCUUGUCAAAAUAAGUGCCCUAUCCAGGGCAUAGGGUUCCAUUUGGGACGACGCCUAAGUAUGUCUCUGCCUGAGACUACUGGUAUUGUGACUUUAGCAGGAUGUUACUUGCUGCUCAUUUCAAGAGGGUACUUGUUCAAUAACCUCCUUACUUGGGCCUUCAGUCUUAACUUCAAAGAUGUUUUGUUUAUGUGUGUGGGGGAGGGGUGGAGUUAAUAUUCUGGCGAUUUUUUGGGACGUUGUAGUGGACUAUAUAUAGUGAUAUGAACCAUAUAUAUAGUGAUAUGUGCUCUGUUUAGAAGGAGUAAUUACAUGUGGGAUUUAAACCAGCACAUUUCUGUUAAACGUCAUUCUUAACUGAAAAUUAUGUGCAAAGGAUUGGACAAAAGUGAAGACAUCGAAAUUAGUUUUGAACCAUAUUGAUUUCAAUGAUUACAUUUUAUCGUAUUAGUAUUAUACAUUUGGGUGUUAUUUGUCUAUUUCAUGGUCUCAUGUAUUGUUUAACAAGACAUUGUCCGCCCACCCCCAUAUAAAUAGCUAUGUACUACCAUCAUAUGUGAUGAAUAACACUGGCAGAUGUCUCUGAAACGUGCAUUUACACACUUCUUCAAUGGGAAUCGUUCAAUCUUUCAUCAGGAGAUGAAACAGAAACCUGAUCAAGAAAGCUCAGCCGUUGUGACCGAUCAGUCGACGCACAACAUAAGAAAUCUCAGCAGUGAAGGUGAAACUCAUAGUUGUUGAAUCACAGUUUUCUGUUCAUACAACUCCUCUUUUUCUUGACCCCUCCUCCCCAGAGAGUGAUUG